ACAUCCGCACAGAAAAGAAACUUCAAGGCGGGAGACCAGGAAAUAACAAACUGUCGGUCGUGUUGCAUUAUUGGAGGUGUUAGCUAUAGUGUGUGGGUAGAUUUUAUAAAUUUGUUUUUAGGUUUUACCGAAUGUUAAUAUGUGCGAAAAGACGACCAAGGUUACCCAGUGGCUCAAUAAGAUAUUUGGGGACCAGCCAGUACCAUAUUAUGAAGUGAACAGUCGGACUAUAGACGUACUGUACCAGCUGGCACAGAGCAGUGAGGCCAGAUGCAAGGAUGAGACUCUGGUUCUAGAGGAUCUUAAACAGCAAGCUGCUGAAUACAGUGCAGAUGGAAGUUACGUUCAGGAUCUGCUGCUCCAGGCAGUGGGGUUGUCUUCCAGCAGCUUGUCUAAAAGGGCCUUUAGUAAUCUGAGUGUUCUGGAAGGCAGUGCCGUGGCCCUCAACACCAAAGACACCUCCCUGGCAAGUUUUGUAGCUGCCAUGAAUGACCUGACAGCAGAGCUUAUGACAGUGGAAAAGAAAAACCGUCAAAUGGACCAGGACCUCACCAUUCUGAGGAGAAAACUCACUGCUGCUAUCGUACAGAGGAAGGCUUUACAGGAGGACCUGACUAAAACUGAAGAAUCUGAAGAAGUAGAGAAUGCUAGAGCUGAAAACAGACUCCAGAAUCUGGACUUUCUCAGAGCAAAAUCUGAGGACUUGUCAUUUAGAAUAAAAACAGCAGAGGAUCAGUUGUCUGCUACUGGGAUGGAGCCUUCCUUAACUCACCAGGCAAUCGUAGAACUUUCAGAGAAAUUAGCCAAGCUAAAACAAGAGACUGUACCACUGAAAAAGAAGCUGGAGUCCUAUCUUGACUUAACACCUAAUCCAUCUCUUGCUCAAGUAAAAAUUGAAGAAGCUAAAAGAGAACUGGCUGCCAUUGAUGCUGAACUUACAAUGAAAGUGGACAUUGUGAACAUUGCACUACCAGAACAACGUGGAAGGCAUCUAAAAUAAAACUUUUUUUUUUCUAAAAA